UGUGCGCGCGUGUGUGCACAUGUGUAUAUAUAUAUAUAUAUAUUCAUGACAUCGAAUUGUGAUAUUUGAACACGUAAUGUUAACAUUUGGUAUCUUGCGUAUUUUAAUAAUCGUUUCUUUUCUAUAAUGCACAGAGGUUUCUGUCUAGUAUUUUGCACGAUAUAAAAAGUUCGAAAAGUUUAAAUAAUCAUUCGAAUAUAAAAUGUUGAAGAUUACGUUGCUCCUUGGUGCGUUUGACAUUAUUCUAUGCGAAAUGCUGGUAACAAAAUUGGAAAAAACUAUAAGUGAAGCACCAUCUUGCAGCAAUCCACCUCUGUGUUACUUAUCGGAUGCAUACAAGACGAGAAACAUGCCAUUUGUACCUUCAAAUUCUCCAAAUUUACAUAAACAAUUGAUUCAACGCAGUUACUACAGUGGAUUCGGCUCGUCCGCAUCACCAGCUCAUUAUCACACUUUUGAUCCUAUCAGUGUGUUAGCGUCGUUGGCUUUUCUAGCGUUUCUAUUGCAAUCAUUUGCCACGCUUUUUGACCGUUCGAGAUCGAUUCUGCCGACGAUAGUCAGUGGUCGACAAUCGACCGGAGAUUUGACAAUUCCGGAAAUUUCGAAACACAUGUCACAUGCCUUGCGGGAAUACGAAACUCUCAAUGAAGAUUUGAAGAAGUAAUUAUUUAAUUUUUUAUCUGGAAAAAAAAAUUUCGACUUUUUCAAUAUACGAACAAAAUUUUUAACAAUUUCCGUGAAUAAUUUAUUCUCUUCUUAACGAUACAUACAAUUAGUCGAUAUUCUCCACACAGUAGAAUCUUAUUGUCAAUACAUAUAAAAUCUAAUUUAAUUUUUGUAUUAAUUUUUACUUAUGUGAUGUAAAUCUCUGAACGUAAGUUUGAUAGCAUUUUAAAAUAAUGUAUUCUCUCUUACUCCAUUCUUCUUCUUUGGCAACUUAUAGUAAGUUUUGCAUGAAUUAUAUGCAGUUUCCACAAAUAAGACUAAAUAAAGAUUAUUGUGUGACUUUCUA